AUGGAAGCCAAGUUCUUUCGGUUCUUGAAGAUUGUUGGAGUUGGAUACAAAGCCAGAGCUGAGGAAGCAGGGCGUUUCUUGUACCUCAAGUUAGGUUACAGUCAUGAGGUCGAGCUGGCAGUUCCUCCCGCGGUCAGGGUCUUCUGUUUCAAGAACAAUGUGGUUUGCUGCACCGGGAUCGACAAGGAUAGGGUGCAUCAGUUUGCUGCCACUGUCAGGAGUUGCAAACCUCCUGAGGUUUAUAAGGGCAAAGGUAUAAUGUACAUUGACGAAGUCGUCAAGAAGAAGGUUGGGAAGAAGUCGAAAUGAUCUCUUCUUUUCUUUGUUUACUCUGUGGAGAACCUUUGAUUGUUUGGUGGUAGAUUUGGGAUAUGCUUCUCAAUAAGUUCGACUUGGAUGUAUGAUUACAUCAUUUUGUGGUUUGUGUUAAUUUUCAAUCAAACAAGAGUAGAAGAUUUUGUCUUCAGACA